AGCAGCAUACAAUACAUUUUUGUACUCACCUUGGUGUGCUCACUUGAAUAGGAAGGUGGCGCAGCGGUCCUUCGUGGGCCAAUUUUGUCAUCAAAGUCAGGCAUUAUCUGGAUUAAUGGUGCUUUCAACACAACUGCAAACUCUGAAAAAAACAAGGUUGAAUCAUGACGUCAGUGAUCUUCAAGUUGUUGCUCUAGAAAGAGCUGUGCCUAAGAACAGCUCUUAGCCCUGGUAUAUUGGCCAUGUACCACACCCCCUUGGGCCUUAUUGCUUAAUUCGAUCAUUGGAGUUGAGUAUGUAUAAAAAUCAUAUUAGAAUUUAUGAGUGAAAUCUGCUGUCUCUUUCAAGCUGUUGUUGAACCAUCCCAGACUAGUUAGUUUACAUUACUCAUCUAGUAACUUCAGGUCACCAAUCCAAAGCAAGCCACUGUAUUGGUCAACAUUUGUGAAUACCAUUCUCAUUCCCAGUGUCUGAAGGUCUGAAGGUCAAACAGUAGGUGGCAGAGAGUAGAAACUCACAUAUAGUGUAAAACGUGCAGCACGCUGCUUGCUAGCCCAUCCAUAUUUCCAUCCGAUAAUUGAGCAAGUCGAAUUGAUUCCCCGUGUGUUAGACCAUCACCACUAGAUGGAGGCAUUGCCCUAAAUGAAAACAUUCCAAUCCUAUUUCUGAGGAGUUAACGUUUGCAUUUAGCAGACACUUAUCCAGAGCGACACACAAGCGAGGUAAGACAACCACAUAUCACAGUACGUGAAACCUUCUUUCAGUUUGUCAGCUGUUCCAGUACUGUUCCAUCAUGCACUGAUACAUAAUUUGUAUGAAUAGCUACUGUACCUGUCCUAAUAAAAAUGAAUUGGUAACACCAAAAUAAUUCACAUUUUAAUUACAAACAUUGCAUAUAAAUACAAAAUAUAUCUAGGUGUCAUCUUAACUUCACAAGUUUCAGAGAUAUGGAUAAAUCAAUGUCACUUUUAUCCCAUUGCCAUUUUCGAGUAGGAUUUGUUAAAGCCUUUGAUCCAUUGACAUGUCAAAUCAAAUCCUUGCGUUCCAAUGUUAAAAGUUGCACCUGAGUGCUGCCAUAAGUAGACACCGCUAACUCUUUAUUUCACCAACGUGUGGUCACAUGAAUACUUGAGGGAGGCUGCACACUUGCAUGGCCUACACCUCUUCUCCCUCGCAGCCUCGCUCAAUAAGGGGCGGUAACUUUUGUUUAUCCUUAUCACUCUAUAAAUAAAGUAAGGAACACCAGUGCACUCCAAUCCAGAACUGGCAAGCCCACUGACUGAACACUCAAGGGACAUAUCCUGCGCUGUGAAUAACUCAUUCAAAAGUUUUUGCAGCCUCUAUGAUGACUUUUUACGCAGAUCCAUUUAAAACGUCUAGUGCACUUGCAAUGGACUUCAAGGAGCUGGGAGGCGAGGACAACUGCGAAGGAGAUACAGAGGGAAACGCUGAGGAUUUGAACAAUGUGAAAGUCCUUACCGAAAAACUAAAGUUACAAACCCGCAGACCAUCCUACUUUGAAUGGCAGGAGCGCUUGCAGAGCCGACCGUGGAAGGACAACCCAAAUGGUUUAGAUAAUAGUCAAGAGACUGCAGAGAAAUAUGUGUUUUUGCCUGAAAUUAUGCGGGAUGAGAACUCAGAUCUAACCAUCCGCAACAUCUGUGGCUUCGAUACCAUUGAUGACGCGUUGGAUUUCCUUAGAAAAGAGCUGAGGGAGAUGCGGUUCCAGGAUAACCGUCUGGCGCGCCAGCUGAUCCGUCUGCGUGUGGAGAUCCACCGGCUGAAGGUGGAGCAGGUGUGUCACCGCCACAAGGAGAUGCUGGACGACGCCACCUACGAGCUGGAGGAGUGUGGCGAGGAGUCCGACCUGCUCUGUGAUAUCCCCAUGAAGGCUGCCUUUGCUCUGUCCACCCCCCUCAAACACCUUGGCCUCACCAAGAUGAACAUCAACUCCCGACGCUUCUCCCUCUGUUGAAACAUAUACCACCCUGCGAGGCUUGAUUUACUGUAUUAAAGCCUCUAUCUAAUCUAUGCAGGGUAAUCAGGGGUUUUCCACUGCACAGGUUUCUGUUAUGACAUGAGAGGGAAGAAGAAUGGCUGGCAGAGCGUGCAGACUGUAAUUAGCCAAGUGGGAGGAAAUGGAAAUGACUCCUCUGAUCCGUGCCCUAGUCCUGACGUGAGAGAGACACAGGCCUCCAUAGUAGAGCCCUGUAGGCGCACGGCAUACACCCAUAGCAAAGCAGCACCUUUCCAAUGAACCUCAGGGAAGGUGCAGACUGAUAGGUCAGAGUAGAUGGACAGGGAAGCUAGUGAUGAGGUGUGGCUCUGGAAUGGAUAUGGUUUGAGUUUGGAUUGCCAUGGUGUCAGAUCAAUUGCACUGUAUUCAGAUAAUUAGUUAUGAUGACCCCCUGACAUACAGAAUAGGCCUGACUGCCAUGGUGGUACUGUAACUAGAGAUGUCUCUUGAGCGUUGCACAGGGGAAUUGUCUUUCUUCAGACAAAGAAAAAAUGGUCACAGCAAUAACACUCAUUAACACGAGUCCCGUACUUUAAUCACAACCCAGGAGGAAGUAUGUAUCUCUUCAUACAGACACCUUAACACUAGUCACACCCCCAGGGACAUUUGACAGCCCAAUGGGAAGCAUUUCUCUCCCCUCUGCAUUGGCAGAGUCCCAGUCCACACUCCCCAGGAAGCUGUAGGUCACAUUCCAGCAUUCUGUCACCUCUUCUUCUGAGACCAAAAAUAGCAAGGACCUCCAUGGGGUCAUGGCUUCCGUGAUAGGACAUUAUUGGAGGCGAUGCCUUAUGGAGUAGUACUCCAUGCGUUUUAUUGUCCUUUAGAUGAUCCAGAUGUUGUAGACAGCCCACAGCCCAAUGUGCUGCCAUUGUGUUUUACAGUAGAUUAAAGGCUUGGCCUACUGCAAUGUUGUCCAAGUAAAAAACUGUAUCAAAGUUUUAUAUGUAUUUAAAGAUAUUGUUCUCAGGAAGAGAGAGGAGAAACUGAAAGUAUUUUGGGGGGAAAUUUGAGGGAGUGAAUGUUGAACAGGAUUUAGUGGGUGUUAAUCAAUGUUACAAAAUGUUUGCUGAAUAUACACAAAGCAAAAUGUAGAUUUGUAAGUGCUUUUUAAUGAUUACGUACUGAGUUCUACUCUGCUAAUGCAGGAAUAUCUCAAGGCCAUCCAUUUAAUGUAUGAGGGAAAUGACUAGAGGCAGACUAGAGCGGUUUUCAAGAUGUUUGUUUUUCAAUGUAUUUGUUUAAAUGCACAAAAAAUUGCAACAAACUUGAAAAUACACUUGAGAAAGAAAA